AUGGCGUGGCAAAACACAUCCUCCAUUCCAGGCAUCGGAACUUCGGCACUUCCUACGAUUUCUCCGCAACAAGCACAUAAUCGGACUGCUCUGAUCAAUCAAGCUGCUCAAAACGCUCCGCAAGCACCUCACAACCGAGAAGAUGAGCCUGGGGUUGAAAUCACGGUCAAUCCGCAAGACACCAGCAAUCCAUAUCACGUCUCUGCUAGCGAAAAUCCUUCGCAAACUCUAGUUUCUAUUUUACUGAACGGAAACAACUAUUAUCCUUGGGAGAGAGCCAUGCGCAUGGCUCUACUGACGAAGAACAAUCUGGAGUUUGUAAAUGGAGAAAUCAAAAGGCCGGAGAAGAGAGAAAGGAGUUUCCCUGCAUGGCGCAGAGCUAACAACCUUGUGCUCUCAUGGAUCUUGCACUCUGUUAUUCCAAGUGUAGCUCAAGGAGUUCUGUGGAUGGAGACUGCGGAAGAGGUCUGGAAUGAUCUCAAGAAACGGUACGGCCAGGGCGAUGCCUUCAUAAUCGCCGACAUCAAUGAAGAAAUAUAUCAUCUGAUGCAAGGAGGCAACACUGUGAGUGAAUUCAAUUCUUAG